AUGGAGAAUAUCUAUUCCGUCAGUCCAGAGGCUGACAAGCUGCGACUGAUCAAUCAAUACCUUCAAAUUGCGCUCUCUGUUGUCAUCUUUCUGUUUAUAUUUCCUACAUUUUGGGUAGCGAAUCGAGUUACCAAGGAUUUCGGUUGGGAUGUCUACAAGAGGAUUGGCAGCAGCAUUGAAAUACAGGAAAUGUACAUUCACUUGCAAUGGCUAUCACUCAUGCUAAAGAUUGACAUUUUCUUUGAGUUCAUAUCAUACGUUCUGCUCUUGUUGUACCAAGCAUUCAACUCGACUGUUGAGACACACAUCAACCUCGACAUGACGCCAGAUAGCGGUCUCAUCGUGUUCAUCAUUCUGCUGCUACCAUCAUUCCUGCUGUGUAGAUUUUCAGUUUCCAAAGAGAGCCAUGCGCUGAUGACCUUAUUUAUUGCGAUACAAAUUGGGUUCAUAGCAAACACUGUCUAUAUUAUCGUCACCACGUUUUCUGUAGCGACAUCAUGGUAUGCGUAUAUGAUGUACAGCGUAGGCGUUCUUAUUGCAGCAGUGGCAACAGUAAGCCUUGCAGUCAAAUGCCAAUUAAAUUUCGGUAAAGGGCUCAAAGAUUUUGUCCAGUGGCACCCAUGGAAGAAGGACAAAUCUAAAAGACGUUCAACAAAGUACAACAGCAUGCACGAAGCAGAUGAUUGCUACGGUGUUUAUGAUAGAAGGCGAAAUAGCACACCAAUAGACGAUGAUGAAUCGACUCUGCAAGUCGAUGUGCCUCAAAAACACGCCCAUAGCUAG